AUGGCCGAGGAGGCGCGUCCGACUCCUAACGUGGUUACAGGGACGUUCUUAGUGAAUGGAUUGCUUGCUCUGGUUCUUUUUUAUUCGGGUGCUACCCAACCGUUUGUAUCUCAUGCACUCAGUAAGAGAUCUGGUGAUGCUCCUGGGGAGCUGGAUUAUCCGUUGGAGGUAGAGAUUUCUGAUGAUCGUUCAGUGAGAGUAUCGGGGGCUCAUCGUGGUUGCUCUCUUAAUCUAUUUCGAGAGAGGUACCAGAUUGAUUUGGUUCCUAUCCCUUUACACAAGAGCAAGGUUAUUGUGGGGAUGGAUUGGUUGAUCCCUAAUGGGGAAAUGAUUGAUUGUGGUCACCAGUCCGAGCGAGUUCAAACUCCAAGUUGA